AAGCGAAUACACGUCAGAUCGUAUCUGGCGUCCUACCUACGCUAGCGCAUAGCUCGUACUCGCCUACCUCCCCCGUCAACUACACCGUGAGCAGGCUGCCCCAUCCACCCAAGCCAGACGCAAUUCAAAAUUCGAAUCCCAGUCGCGGCUGCAUUGACCGGCGGAACCACGCCCUCCUCAUCGCCGCGCCUGGAUCUCGAUAUUUCUUCGCAAAUCACCAAUGAAUCUCGGCGGGGAGUCAUUCACGGAUCUCUUGUUCAGCUUCUGUUCCCAGCCGGUCGCAGCCGUGGGCGUCCUAGAUCUGGCAUUGCCGGAGGGAGGGGAGGAGGACGAUGAGUGCGGUGAUGGAGGGAAAGAUGGUGAUAGCUAUUCUCCUUCCUCAAGUUCUGCAUCUCAAGUUCAUGAGGCAAUAGAAGAUUUUUUCAAUGUCCCAGACAUUGACCAAACCGACAGUCACAGAGAGCAUCCAUCUGAAUCGCAACGCACUCCAACUCUGUGGCCUCAAAGAGCCCGACUUGGCAAGAUACCCGACCGCCGCGCCUCAUUAUCAGGAAGGAAAAGUGCUUUGGAGAAGGCCAUGAGGAAUUUCGCAGAUAAGAAGUCAGGUACCGUCAACAAGCCAGAAAUCAGCCAGGAAUUUGAUUCUUUGGACGAAGCUUACGACUUCUACAACCUAUACUCUUGGGAGACUGGGUUCGGCAUCAAGUAUGGGCAAUGCAGAAGAAACGUGGACAAGUGCAAGACGGUCCAG